AUGACUGAGGAGAUUGAGGCUCAUGUCCUGAAGAAGUACGAGAUAUUACAGAAACUCGGAAAGGGAGCUUAUGGUAUCGUCUGGAAAGCUAUUGAUAAAAAAACUAAAGACAUAGUUGCACUUAAGAAAAAUUUUGACGCAUUUUAAAAUGCCACAGAUGCCUAAAGGACUUUCAGAGAAAUUAUUUUCCUCCAGGAAUUGAACGGACAUGAAAACAUCAUCAGACUGUAAAAUGUUAUCAGAGCUGAGAAUGAUAGAGAUAUCUAUUUGGUUUUUGAUUUUAUGGAUACAGAUCUUCAUGCUGUUAUCAGGGCCAACAUUUUAGAAGACAUUCAUAAAUAGUAUAUUAUCUAUCAAGUAUUGAAAAGCUUAAAGUUCAUGCAUUCAGCUUAACUGUUGCACAGAGAUUUGAAGCCAAGUAAUCUCCUACUAAACUCUGAAUGCCAUGUCAAAGUAGCUGAUUUCGGACUUGCUCGUUCACUUGAUGUUAAGGAUCCUGAUACUGUUCCUCUUUUAACAGAUUAUGUCGCUACCAGAUGGUAUCGUGCUCCGGAAAUCCUGCUAGGCUCAAAUAAAUAUACCAAGGGAGUAGACAUGUGGAGUAUGGGAUGUAUUUUAGCCGAACUUCUUUUAGGAAAACCUGUAUUUCCAGGUACUUCAACUCUGAAUCAAUUAGACAGAGUAAUGGAACUGAUUGGUAGACCCUCCCAAGAGGAUAUUGAAGCUAUCGAUUGCCCACUUGCUAUUACAAUGCUUGAGCAACUCCCACCUAGAAAAGCUAAAAGAUUCAGAGAUGUUUUCCCAACAGCCAGUGAUGAUGCCCUAGAUUUAUUGAAAAAUUUAAUGCAGUUCAAUCCUGACAAAAGACUUACAGCUGAAUAGGCUCUCAAGCAUCCGUAUGUUUCUCAAUUCCACAAUGAAGAUGAUGAGCCUAACUGCAAAAAGAAGAUUAAUAUUCCAAUUGAUGACAAUUAGAAGUUCUCAAUUAGGGAAUAUAGAAAUAAGCUUUAUGCAGAUAUUCAUAAAAGAAAGAAGGAGAUUAGAAAGAAGAUGUUACAAUCUCAUCAUAACCAAUAUUACAGUGGAUCAGCAGGCGGAUAGAAAUAAUACAAAUGA